AUGCAGUCUUCUGCUUCGAUUCCGUUGAUAUUUUGGAGUCUUCUCAUCCUGGUCACCCACACAUCUCCUACUGAAGCUGCAGCUCAGCGUGCUCCGGACAGCCGCAUCGUCAACGGGCGCGAUGCUGCCGAGGGCGAAUUUCCAUUCCAACUCUCGCUACGCCGCCAAUCCGUUCACAUCUGCGGCGCCUCAAUCCUUUCAGGAUCUUGGGCUAUUACGGCCGCGCACUGCAUCGAUGGCCACGAACGGCAGCCGAACGAGUUCACCUUGCGGCAGGGAAGUGUAUUCCGAGCAUCCGGCGGAAGCGUCCAGCCUAUAAAAUCAAUCCACAAGCAUCCCUCGUAUGAUCGGGCGGAUAUGAAUUUUGAUGUGGCGCUCCUGCGCACCGCGGACAAAGCCCUUAGCUCCCCCCUGGGAAAAGUGGCGCCCAUUCGGUUACCUGCGAUUGGAGAAGCUAUCGGAGAAAGCGUACCGGCAGUGGUCUCCGGCUGGGGUCACAUGAGCACCACUAAUCCCGUGCUAUCGUCAAUGCUUAAGAGCACCACGGUCCUAACGGUCAACCAGGAGCGGUGUCACAACGAUCUUCGUAAUCAUGGAGGAGUUACAGAUGCCAUGUUCUGUGCCGCCGCUAGAAACACGGAUGCUUGUCAAGGUGACAGUGGAGGUCCGAUAACCUCUGGGGGAACUCUCAUUGGGAUUGUGUCCUGGGGAGUGGGCUGCGCUGAUCCGUAUUAUCCAGGUGUCUACACUCGCCUAGCUCACCCGACUAUUCGCCGUUGGAUCCGGAUGCUAGCUAAACUUUAAAUUCUUUUAUUGUAAUUGAACAUUGAACUGGUAAUGGAAUAAACAUAAAAAAUAUA